AUGGACGACAUCCAAGCUACUGCAAAAUGGGCAAAUCGCGUACUACGCCCUUUAACAUCCAUUUAUCGUCGACUCGAGAAGCACCAGGAGACACUAGCGAUUAUUGCGGCCGAGUCAAGGGUACAUAAUCGAAUCGAAGACCCCCACAGACAAAAUCCGGAAUCAUCCCAACCUGCAAACCCUCGGGAAAACUACUUCGGGUCAGACGCCGACGAGGAUGACCCCGUAUGGAUUCCGGGGAAAGGGCCUGACAAACGCCGAGUUAAGCAUAAAUAUUCUGCGCGUGGGAGGGAAAAGGCAGGAAGGAGGCGCACAAGGUUAUCCGUUCACAGCCCAGAAGCUACUCGUGUCCUCCCCGGCGCGAUCGAGCUGGCAACGCCGUUGAUCACUGGCAAAAGAUGGGAGAUGCCCUCAAGUGUCCGAUCACAGCCGGCUGUGGAACAGAAUAGAGUUGCCAAUGCACGCAGCCAGGUGCAAGUAUUUCGUGAUCGGUACGCCCUGCACAAGAGCCCUUGGCAAGAAGUCCUCGAUCAGUCUGGGGAUUCUGGGUUUGCCGAUAUUGCACAUAAUCUUGAUCGCGUUCUCCUAAAUUUCUUGGGCAAAACUCGGAUCAACAGCCGCGAGCCCAUUGCCACGACCGUCCAGCCGGCUCGGGGUGCACGCUCUCUUCUUUCUAUGGUCGCCCGGCGUUUACCCGAGUACAUCGCAAUCGAGCAGGAAGCGCAGGAUGAGGAGGACGAGAACGGAGAUGAAAAUAUGUGCGACGCAUAUUUCACCGAGCUAGAGUCGUUCUAUGCGCCUCAUGGCAAGGGAUGGAAGCCAUUGCGUGAAGCUGUCCGCGCCCAAGGCAUUCACAUGGUCUCUAUGAUGAUACGAAACCGGUGGUUAACCGACCCAAUUGCCUAUGCAUUGAUCGAAAACUGCCGACCCCACGAACAAGAUGCGUGUGAAACGCUUCUAUCUACGUUCCUUUCAAUCUGCACUGCUUGCCCUUUUCCUAUCGCCCUUAAGCCUACUACCGACAACGUCUCUCCUGGAGAUUCUGUUCGGCUAUUGCAUAGAUAUGCUUAUUAUGACCUACCUCGUCGAGCUUACAUUUUUGACGAACUUUCUAAACUACUUGUCCGAGGCGUGCUACCUCCAGAAUGGAUGGCCACCAAACCAUGGACUACUUGGAUGACCCGAGCAACGAUAUCAUUUUCAAGGGACGAUGGUUAUUGUUCUGCGUCCUCGCGAUUGAUUGAGGCUGUACUUGUUUCUGCUAGUGGCAUUUACUCGGGUGGGAAGCUCCAGACUACUGUGAAAAAGCGUUCGACCAGUCGCAAUGCUGGCCAUUUCAGAGCAACGCGGACACACACGGUACCGACAAGCAAUCCGAACAUUAAUCGGGCAUGCCCUGUCCCAGUGGAGGAUGCUUUAAGCAAUCAUGUUACGAGUCUCUUGGCAACGCUUUGUGGCAUGCACAUAUCACGAUCUCGCGAGCUUGAUAACGAAGUCACAGAUGGCACAAGAGCGGGCCAUAUUAUCAACUACGUUUCAUUCGUAGCGUGGGGAGAGCUGGAUGGUAAAUCACUCUCCCACAUUUCUAUUCUCCCUUCUCAUCAAUUGUUAAGACUUGGUUGCAUUUUGCUGGCAGGUUGCCUUAUACAAUGUAACGAUGCAGUUUUAGCAUGUCGCACUGGACCCGUUUUGGUAUCAACGGCAGCCAUUGAAGAAUAUUCGAACACGCUAGUAUCUCGAUCUGAUCUGAUCAAAGAACUGGGGCUAUUUGUGCGACAAGCAUUUCGCUGUUUCAGCAGUUCAUCAAACGAAGACACUGAUAUGAGAAGCGAGAUUCGACGCAUUGUAUCACAGCUUCCGCAUCGGGCUGAUGCCCCGUGUCUAUCUGCAUUUCUCAGCCGUGUUGCCGUGGAGGCUGCUAUGCAAUUUGCAGAAGGAACUGGAGACCCAGACGAUCAUCUGUGGGCCGUUGAGAUCCAGGAAACAACCGUGACUCUUAAAGACCCAAAAGAAUCAAGCACUGAAUUAGCAAGUGAAACGGAGGAGCCAGGACCGAGAAGAGGCCUGUUCCGCUGGGAAGAUAGUAUUGGCGAAUGGGUUGCUCGUACUCCGGCAGUCAAAACAGCCCCCACAAUAACCACCGGGGUAAAGAGGCGUGCUUUUGAAAUGUCCAAUUUUUCGCCAUGCAUUCGGGGCUCAACGGAUAUCAGCUCCCCGGGAUCAGAUUGCUUCGAAGAAAGGUCGAACAGCAUAACUUUCUCUCCUUCUUCAGUUGGAACAGACCGGCAAAUGGAAGCUGCGGAAUCGUCGCCCAUCCGACCCUUCAAACGACGAUGUGUCGCCCCUGAGGUUGUGAUUGAACAGCGUGAAUCUCUGUCUAGCCGCUCUCCAUCGAGGUACUUGUCAAAGUCCCCAUCCUUGGAACCAGUUCCUUUUCAUCGACGUGUCUUGCGCGAUAUGUCAAAUCACGUUACUGCCAACCCGAUACGCUCCGUGCCACUCAGGUCAACAUCCAAACUGGAGGUAGUGAUCUUCAACAAGCAAGAGCCUCGGCCCCUUGCGAGACCUGCGCCUGCACCAGAAUUUGUUGAGAAGCAAGUACAUCGAUCGAUGAACCGGAGAAGACCUGGAAGGCCCUCACUAUCUCGUACGCCCGGUUCAAUUGUGGUUCCUCGGCGACAAUCAGUCAUCCCUUGCUCACAGGAUGACAGUGACGACGAACUUAGCUUCAUUUGA